AUCCAGAACCAGAAUUUUGUGUUAACUCUCAAGUCACAACACUUGUAUGGAGAAUUAUGGUAUUUGUCAGUGUCAUCACCCAAAUUGAUUUCCAAAAUCGCGUUACUACUACUCAUGGAUUCUGAUCGUCCUAGAAAGCACUUAGUUCACUCUCGCUUCUUCCUCUCUGGCUUCUAUUGCUGGGAUUGGGAAUUCUUAACCGCUCUUCUCCUCUUUAGUUGUUCUUCCUAAAUCGCUCAAUCCUUUUCAAUUUCUUUUUUCAUCUUACAUCAAAUUAGGUAGUUAGAACACACAAAAAAAUCAAGAAAAACAGAUUUGUCAUUUGUGAGGUAGGUGAAGGGUAAUUUGGGAAGAAAAAAUGUCACAGCGAUCGGUGCCGGCGCCGUUCUUGACGAAAACGUAUGAGAUGGUGGACGAUCCGGCGACGGAGGAUGUGAUUUCAUGGAGCGAGAGCGGCAACACCUUCGUCGUGUGGAAGCAUGCGGAUUUUGCUAAGGAUUUGCUUCCCAGUUACUUCAAGCAUAACAAUUUCUCCAGCUUUGUGCGUCAGCUCAAUACCUAUGGUUUCAGGAAGAUCGUACCAGACAAAUGGGAAUUCGCGAAUGAGAAUUUCAAGCGAGGGAAGAGAGAGCUACUCUCCGAGAUCAAACGGCGCAAGACGGUGGUGGCGCAACCGUCAGCGCAGGCUCCGGAGGUUGGUAAAUCCGGAAACUCGACUUCGAAUUCCGGCGGUGAUGAAGUGGGGUCCAGCUCGACGUCGACGUCUUCGCCGGGUUCAAAGAACCCGGGAUCGGUGGAGACAACGACCGCUCCUCCUAAUACUCUUCCUCCGGCAACCCUUCAGUGCGCGAAUUUAUCGAGUGAGAACGAGAAAUUGAAGAAGGAGAAUGAAACUUUGGGGUGGGAGCUGGCACGUGCGAAGAAGCAGUGUGAAGAGUUGGUGGGUUUUCUGAGGGAGCGUUUGAAGGUGGGACCCGAUCAGAUCGAGCGUAUAAUGCGGAAAGGGAGUUAUGGAUCUGAUGAAAAUAACGCGGUAGGUGAGGGAAAAUGUGAAGGUGAAGGAGAGUGUUUGAAACUGUUUGGGGUUUGGUUGAAAGAAAAGAGUUUUUGUGAAAAAAGAAACAAUAAGAGAGAGCGUGAAGACCAAAUGGGCUUUGGUGGGCCUCCAAUACCUGCUAAGGUUUCAAAGACUACUACUGUUGUUGAUUUUGGUGCUGUGAAUGUGAAAGCAGUGAUGAAUAGUAGUAGCAAGGUUUGCAGCUGAACAAAACAAAACACCUUGGAUCGCCACACAUACUCAAUCCAUAAUCAGAAAAUAGUUUUUUCUGGUUUAUUUUGUUUAGGAAAAAAAGAAGCAAAUAAAGAAAUAAGAGGAGAAGCCCAAAGCUGCUCCAAACAUGUUGAGUUGUAUAUUUGUGCUGUAACAUGAUAUAGGUUUAUGAUAGUGCAAAGAUUAAUCAUGGUUGAUAAUAGGGUUUAUUACUAUAGUUUAAUUAAAAAAUGUCUUUUUCCCUUUUUAA